AUGAUUUAUGUUGAAGAGUAUGAAAAUGGUGGUGAAUAUAAACACGAACUACAGUAUAAAAAACAAUUAAUGAUAGGAUUUAAAGAAACACUAAUCACUAUUUAUUGGCCAAGAGGUCCUCAUAACCAUUGCACUUCAGGAUUUUCUGCUUCCUUUUUGAACAAUUCGAAAAACAAUCAACCCCUCGCUCUCCAUUUACCCCCCUUCAACCCCGUCAAACAGUGGGACGAUUGUGUCAAAACUAGCUUAAGAAUUCAUAUAAAUAUCAUGAAUGAUAUUAGUUCUACACAGUGUACACCAUCGAUGAUUGAUCAGCCACCGUCCACUGAUCCAAUAGAUUUAAACAACAAUACAGAUACUAGUAGCUUAACUGCUACCUCUACAACAUCGACCACUACUACAAAUAAUACAUGUACCUCUGCUACAUCUACUACAAAUAAUGAAUCUGCCUUUGCUAUAUCUACCACUAUAGGCUUCAGAUUUUGGGAUAAUACUCUAGAUAUUGGAACUACCAUUGGUUUGGUUGACAAUUUUGGAAUGAAUUAG